UACCAGGAAGUAAACUGUCCCCACAGAACAGAGAAGGAAACAACUUAUUUGAGUCAACAGUUAGACUUUAUUCCAUCCAGGCUCUAUGACGAGAUUUGGUGGAAUUUCUUUGCCUUAGGCUCCUUCCGUUGUCGUCUGUGGGAGGCCGUCAUUGGAGUAGUUGAAGGCCCACACACACCUUUGAUGAUGGACUCCACAUUGAUUCAAGUGGACAAGAAUCUGACUGAAGCCAUGAGGAUCUUGGGAGAUGAACAGAGAGAGCUGGAAGGAGGGACAGAGGCGUCACGCUUGAGUAGAAGCAUACCUGCCCCCCUGCAGGCAGAUGGUCAGGAUGUUGCCACGGUACUGCACCUUGUUCACAGCCUCAUCCAUGAAAAGGAGGAGGGAGAAGACAAACCAAGCCCACAACGGCUGUUUGGUGUCUCCAGGAGGAUGCAGAAUGUGGGUGAACAAGGUCACAUGGCACUAUUGGGGCACAGUCUGGCAGCCUACAUCUCCAUGCUUGACCGAGAGCGACUUCGGAAGCUUACUACUCGGAUCUUGUCGGAUACCACACUAUGGCUCUGCCGACUGUUCAGAUAUGAGAACGGUUCAGCUUACUUCCAUGAAGAUGACAGGGAAGGUUUGGUCAAAGUUUCUCGACUCGUUAUCAACGCGCGCUAUGAGGAGUAUGCCUCUGAGGGCUAUGCUGUCCUCAGCUCAAAGCAGCCUGUCAUCUACCAAAGCGCAUCCUGCAGGCCUGGCCUGGGACAACAUGUGUGUAACCAGCUUGGCUUGCCUCUCUCCAGUUUGUGCACAGUCCCAUGCAACACCCUCUUUGGAUCCCAGCAUCAAAUGGAUGUUGCUCUAUUGGACAAACUAAUCAAAGAAGACAUAGAAAGUGGGAAGCUCCCUUUGUUGUUGAUCGCCAAUGCAGGUACCGCUGGGGCAGGUCAUACUGAUAAAUUGGGGCGUCUCAGGGACCUGUGUGAUCAAUACAAAAUGUGGCUCCAUGUGGAGGGGGUCAACUUGGCUACGCUGGUGCUGGGUCAGGUCAAUUCUGCUAUAAUGGUAGCAACCAAAAGUGACAGUAUGACACUGACGCCAGGUUUGUGGCUUGGACUGCCCGCUGUAACUGCCGUUACUCUCUAUAGACAUGAAGACCCAGCGCUGUCUCUGGCUGCAGGUUUGACCUCCAGCCAGCCUGUGGAGAAGAUGCGAGCAUUACCUCUCUGGCUGUCUCUGCAGUAUCUUGGUUACACUGGAAUAGUCCAGAAGAUAAGACACGCCACUGAUCUGAGCCACCAAUUGCUGCUGAAGCUCAACUCUGUGACUUCCAUCAAAACAUCGGUGGAGGAUGAACUCAACUCUUCCGUGGUGCUGCUCAAAUUUUCAGAAAUGAGUGCAGCAUCCAGUGGUGGGUCAGCGGAGGCUUACUGUGCUGGGGAGAAGGAAUUACUUGAUGCCUUCAAUAGAUGGCUUGGUGAGCAGCUCGCCCAGAUGGUUCCCACCAGUGGAGUCGAUGUUGUGGAACUUGAGGACGAGGGCACCUGUGUUCGUUUCAGCCCCCUCCUGACGGCUGCAGCUUUAGGGACUCAAGAAAAGGAUGUUGAAGAUCUGGUAGAGAAGCUGUCGGAGCUGGUGCCUAUGAUGACCUCCACAAUGUGCUUCAGACAAGACUUUAAAGAGGAGACCAACCGGCACUCACCCUACCUCAGAUACAUAGAGGAAGUUAGCUGGCCUGGCCUAGGAGCUAUCCGGUAUGAACCACAGGCUGUGGGAAUCGAUGAUACCAGGAAAAUGAAGGAAAUGAAAAAAAUUAACUCCGAACUGCGGAAGAAGCUACAAGAUUUGGACACUGAUAUCAUGUUCUACACUGACCCUGAGUCGGACAGAGAAGGGAAAGAGGGGUGUAUAUUUGUCGGCAUGGUAGCUGAAGACAUUGAUGUUUCAGAGCUGGUGGAUACAAUUGUUACACUGGGCCAGGACAUUGAAGAGAAUGGACGGCUGCUGGAGAACAUGACAGAGGUGGUGAGGAAGGGCAUCCAGGAGGCAGAACAGGAGCUGCUUAAAGCCAAUGAGGAGAAACUCAUGGAAGAGGGUAUGCUGAGACAGCUACCUUUGGUUGGCUCCGUGCUAAACUGGUUUUCUCCUGUUCAAACGUCCGUUAAAGGGAGGACUUUCAACCUGGCAGCAGGUUCUUUGGACUCCACAGAGGCGACGUACUCCACCAAGGCACAGGCAGGCAGACCUCUCAUGAAGGACUCUCCCACCUUGUCAUCAGAGCGAUUGCGAGGUCAGAGAUUGUUCCGGCGCUCAGGGGCAGGCUCUGAUUCCUUCAGUGAAAGCAGCUCUAUUGAACAAGCUGAAGGGACAACUGCCUCUAUAUGUGUGCCAGAAGAGAGCUGUCAUGUUGCAUGUCAAGGCGUUCCAGAAGAAGGGAUUCAUGAUUCUUGUGUGCAGGAGCAUGACCACACGGAGGCUGCGGCACUCUUGGAGGAGAGGAAGCCUGAAAACCAAGAGGCCCAGCAGAGUGGAGGAUAGGACACCUUCCUCCAGCAUCCGUCCCUAUAAUGGUUCCAGCCUAACUGAUGUUUUAAAAAAAUUACAUCAGGCAUUUACAGUAACUCAUUUUGUUAUUGAAGAAAAAAUUUGAAUUGUUGCUCUAUGUCUAAUCAGUGAAGUGGAUUAGAAGGACGGAUACUGUAACACUGUGAUGCUCGUUUCUAAUCAUUUGUCUUCUACCAGCGGCUGCAGUGUUUCGAGAAAUGUUUUUACACGCGUUUACUUUUAAUCUCCCCUGGCGUAGAUACAUAAUACUUUCAAGGUUUGUGGCAUGCAUAAAAACUGCACAGGCUGGGUGAACGUGUUGUAAUGGGUGUAGUCGGAAUGGCGGCCUUGGUUUUCCUGUUGAAUGAAAGUUGCCUAUUUUGUGGGUAAAAUUGUUCUCAUUAAUUGCACUAGAGGGGACUUGACAGGAAUAACUUUGUCAAAGUAGUAUUUACUCAUUCAUGAUAAAAAUACAAAAGCCAAUUCAAUAUUACAUUCCAAAAGCUGGAGAUAGGCGAUGUCAGGGUAAAAACCGUGUCAUGAAGACAGUGCUACCCAGAAGGGGGGUGUAGAUUGUUAGUAGAACUGUUCUUCUUAAACUUCCAUGAUGUACUGCUGUGAUUAUAUUUCAGAAUGAUUUCAUAUAUAAUUGCACAACACUGUAACAAAUCUAUCCAGAGCAUAACUCCAUCCAUACCUCCUACUCUUAAUUCAUCUAUGCAAAACCUCUUAAUAAAUCAUGAAACUGCUGACUGGUAAUAAGCACACAUUUACAAGCAUAACAAACAACAGUGGUUGCCGAGAAUUAUGUAUUUGAUCCCCUGCCAGAGAGGUCAUGACCACAUCACAUUCCUCCAAUCCUUUGUUCAUUUACAAACUUCAGACGGGCCUGUACCUGUCAUCUUAAGGAAACAAAAUAGGUAGGGGAUCAGAUAAUUAAAUAUAAUUACGAUGCAUAAACUUGUCACAAUAUGGUGACUUUUUGCAUACAAUUAAUGAUUUAAUGUUACUAACAUGACACUAUUUUGCAGUCAUACAGUACAGGUGGUCCUCCGGUUACAAAUGAGUUACAUUUAAUAUCUAAAUUAACUCUGGUCGCUUACAAUGUAGACGGAACAUGUGAAGGACAUAAAAUAGAAAUAAAAAUAUUAAAUACAACAAUUAAAUGAAAUGGUAAUAAAAGUAACUUACUUUUAUCCCUGAGGUUGUCUUGCAGGCAAAGGAUAACCUUCUUCUUCUCCACAGAUCUCCUUGUAACAGCGCACAGAAUCCAUGACCCCUCUGGCAGUCAUUAGCAUUCAAUCUUAUAGGAAAACUGCACUUUUUUAGAAUUUUUCUCAUCAUUCACAAUCCUUAUGUGAGGCAGGAAGACACGUCUUUCUCUUUUUUGGGCAUUCUAAAGACAAAGCUAAGAAUGCACGUCAUGGGAAGCACCUCUUCUGUCUAUAAAGCCUUCUGAAAAAAAACCCAUCAAUGCUACGUUUACAUAUAAUGUGACGUACAUGUUGAUCAUACUGCAGCGACAUUGUCAAUUUUAUUAUUAACAUUGUUACGCCGAAGAAAUACGUUACUUGUGUAGUGACACCACACCGACUAGCUACUAGCCGGCUAGCCUAGCUUCACCACACAUUCGCCCAGAGCGCCGCACUCAAAAUGCCUCAGGCCACUACCAAAAGGUAAAACUACAUAUUGGAGCUUCCGCUACUGCUGCUGUGUUUUUGUGUUGUUGUUUUUUUAGUUUGAAAUAGCAUUAGUUUCUAUGUUGCUAUGUGAAAUCAAUGCACCUGGGAAAAAAGUUGCGGUAAUGUUUAAAAUGACCAAAAUACUGUAUUACAUGUUCUUUAGAACGCACAGUAAAGAAAAAGACGUGUGUUCAUGUUUUACAUAAGUAUUGUGGAUGAUGGGCAAAAUUUCAUAAAAGUGCAGUUUAAUGAUGGGCGCGACAGUCGAGCACUUGAUCAAAAGAUCGCCCGAUAUUGGUGGGCAUAUCUCCUCUAAGCUUUUUAGAUGUUCAUUCACUUCCAUGGUGAUGGCUUUCCUUUACUUUGGAGCGCUGACAUAAUGAAGUGCAAAAAGUUUACUAAUUAGCGAUGUUUUAAUUCUCCAGUUCCCUCGUGAGAAAAUUGCACUUUUUUAUUCAUUUAGGAUACGCGUUCGUAACCACGGGACGUCGUAAACCAAGGACCACCUGUAAAAAUAGCACAUGCAGUGCCAGAGUAGCUUUAAAUCACAAUAUAAAUGUGAAUUGUUUAAAUCAUUCUAUUACAGAUUGCUUUUGCACUACAGAUAUUAAUUUGUUUCAAUGAAUAUUGCUUUUCUUUGCCAAAAUAUCCAACCUGACGCAGCUCAAAUUAAUUACUUUGAGGAAUGCCCUCAAAGAAGUGCCAUAGUAUGUGAGGUUAUGUGAAUUGCAGAAUGGAUAGAGACAUUUCAGCAGGAGUGCAUGUUUGCACAUCUUUGAGAAAUGCACACGUGUUAUUGCUGAGUGAAUUUCAAUCCAAUUCAUUUCAUUUGGGCUUUCCUUUUUCAUUGAGAAAUAGUUUCCAUUGGGGAAAAGACUACAGUGGUUGCUUGUAAGUUUUACUUUGAAUUUCAUGCUGCGCUCAUUGACGAUUCAGCCCCGCAGAUUUGCAGAUGUUUGGUUUGAAAAAAUAUUUAUUUUUGUCAGAAAAUGUCUCAUUAACCGUAAAUUGGUGUUAAUUUAUAAAUAUGUGUUAAUACAGGUAAAAUGUACAGCACACACGCACCACUGUUUUUCCGUCAAGCGUUGAGAUUUCACACUUCGUUUGACAGUCCCUGAAAGUACCAGGGUUGUAUCAUAUGAGAUGCAAACACUUGUUUGGCGACAGAAGCACACGCUUCUACAGUCAUCGAUCGUACAUUAUCAUUCAUUAGUGGCGAGUACCUGUACAUUUUAUACUUUAAAUGCGUUUAAAGGGAUAGUUCACAGUAUGCAAUAUACGGAUCACUGCUGCCAUCUGUUUACGUGUAUUCCACAGCGAAAGAAGAUGCGAACUGUUGAUACAGUUCACUGCUGAUGGAGAUGUCAUACAAAUUCAUGUAAAAAAAUCCGAACUAUCCCUUUAAUAAGUGUGUGAGGCAUAUUUAGGUUUUAAACCUGGACUGUGCAGCGUGAAAAAUGGUAAUUGAAAUGAUAAGGGUAGGGUUCUGGAGAUGAAUUUAAUUACGCCUGUCAUUUUUAUUGCGAAUGUUGAUCGAAAAUCGUAGGCGAAGUCAAGCUAGCGGGGGAAUAGAUUUUUUUUGCUCUUUUGUCAACAUUAUCAGUUUUGUUUGUUUAAUACAUAUUUUUAUUUAUUAUUUAAAUAUGAGAAAGAAGGAAACU